AUGCAUUUGCAAUCACCGGUCGACAGGCGCCGGAAGUUUGACCCAGAUGCCUCCUUGGUAUUGGUAGGGAUCCGAGGUUGCGGCAAACGAUCCCUCGGGUUCGUCGCUGCUACCGCUCUAAAAAGGCGAUUUAUCACUGAGGAUCAUUACUUCAAGGAGCGCACGGGUUACUCGAGACAUGAUUACCUGAAACGCUAUGGGAGUCAAGAGUUCCAGAAGCGCGACAUUGAAGUCCUCAAAUCCAUGCUGGACAAUCACCGCUCUCGAUGCGUGAUCGAGUGUGGAUUGGGAAGUCUGACUCGUCCCGUUCAAGAACACCUCCGGCAUUACUCGGCCACCAAUCCCAUCGUGUACAUAGUUCGUGAUAUGGACCGUAUACAGAGUCUCUUAGGCCUAGAGGAUCAAGCUGUCAAGCUCAUUGGCGAGGGUGAUCCUUUGCACCGGACUUGUUCCAAUUUUGAAUUCUACAAUAUCGAAGAUCGCUCCAGCCUAGCUGCCCAAAAGGACGAAGGAACCCCGGACCGGCGGUGCGUCGACUACUCUUUCAAGUUGAAGGAGGCCAAAGAAGAUUUUACGCGGUUUGUGCGCUUCGUGACCGGUACUGAUGUGGGCCACACCAGCUACGAUUCGCCUUUUGUCCUUCUUGAGACGCCGCCAGAGCUCCGAUCUUAUACCCAUGCUAUCCUGGUACGAUCAUCCGACCUUAUUCAGGGCACGGUCAAGAUAUCUGAGUUGGAGUCUGGCGGAGACGCCAUCGAGCUCUGCGUCGACCGCUGGGGUGCGGAUAUGUCAGCGACCAUGAGCAAGCAUGUUUCUUUGCUACGGCGGAGUGCUCGUAAUCCAAUUAUUAUAUCCAUCGAUACUUCUUCAACCGGCAUCGCCGGAGCUGACCAAUCCGCUUUACAGGUCAGCAAUGCAUAUUUUGCCAUCGUGGAACAUGGCCUGCGGUUGGCGGUUGAAUACCUGGCUCUCGACCUUGAUCAAGAUCGGUCUCGAGUUAACGAAGCGAUCCGCACUAGAGGGAGAACUAAGAUUAUCGGUCAACGCAUAUUUGAGCCAUCUGCUCCGGAAACAUGGGAGAGUCAAGAGUGUUUCAAUCUCUACCUUGAAGCCGAAAAGCUUGGCUGUCAGCUGGUGCGCUUUCUUCGUGUCAUUACGGCACGCGAGGAGAAUGCAGCUGUCGCGAAGUUCACAAACAAAGUCCAGGCUCUACCCGGAGAACACCCGCCUGUCAUCGCCUACAAUGUAGGGAGUCUUGGACGAACCUCUCAAAUCUUCAACUCCAUUCUUACCUCUGUCACACAUCCCGCAAUUCAAGGCUCAUCAGGGAAUGAAAGGGAUCCUCAGAUCACCUCCCAGGAUGCUGUCCAAGCGCUAUUUCAGAGUUAUGUCCUCGACCCCCUCAAGUUUUGCAUCCUUGGCGGCAACGUAGCCUAUAGUCUUUCUCCCGCAAUGCACAACGCUGCGUUCCGACAGUGUGGUAUGAAUCACACUUACACGAUCCCUGAAUCGCCCUCUCUCGCAAUCCUUGAUCGACUUGGCCGGGAUUCCCACUUCGGAGGGGCGAGCGUGGUUCAGCCCUGGAGGGUGCAACUAUUCCACAAACUGGUGGCGAAAAGUCGUCAUGUUGAGGCAAUUGGAGCCAUCAACACAAUCAUGCCAUUGCGGGCUAAAGCUGAUGGCACCAUGUACUCCCUGCAAGAGCAAGCGAGUCGACGUAAUCAGGCCGGCCCGGUGGUGGGGUGGUACGGAGAGAAUACUGACUGGGUCGGCAUUAUGACCUGUAUCAACCGCAACCUCUCCCCACGCAAUGCAAUUAGUCCGUUGAAAACAACAGGGCUGGUGAUUGGAGCGGGUGGCAUGGCUCGCGCAGCAGUCUAUGCUAUGCUUCGCCUGGGGUGCCGGAAAAUCUUCAUACACAACCGGACCUUGGCACGAGCGGAAAGUGUUGCCCGGCACUUCAAUUCCUGGGCAGCCUCUCAAGCGGAUGCGACAGAAGUAGUGUAUGUGUUGAAAUCACUCAGAGACGAAUGGCCAGUCGAUGCCUGCCCACCCUGUAUGAUAGCAUCAUGUGUACCAGCAGACCCCGACCGAGACGAACCGCCCGCCAAUUUCGAAAUGCCAAUGCAGUGGCUGGGUAGCCCGACUGGAGGAGUUGUCCUCGAGUUCGCAUAUAAACCACUCGAUACGCCACUGCUACGUCAAAUGCGUAGCAUCAGAAGCGAGACGGGCCGGCCGUGGGUUUUGGUCGAUGGACUGGAUAAUGUAGUUGAACAAGCGAUUUCCCAGAUCGAAUUGAUGACGGGACGCAAAGCGCCCCGGCGGUUAAUGUUCUCUGAAGCGCUUCGCAACUAUGUCGGUGAAGACGGGCCAUUUGAUGAAAAGACAAUUCAGACUCGACUUGAGCAGGUGCGGUGA